UUUCUCCAGAGACCAGCCGUUUAGCACGACAAGCCGUGUAUGUUUGCGAAACCUAUCUCCGUCUCUGGGCUGCGUAUUAUAGUCAUCUCUAACACAGGGAGAGAUAUAUAGGGAUCGUCGUCAUCUCUCUCUAAUUCGUCGCUGCCGAUAGUUAGAGGCGCCUGGAUUUGAUUGUUGUUUGUCUGAGAAAAAAUGGCGGGAGGAUUUAGGGUUCUGCAUCUUGUGAGGCCGUUCCUGGCGAUCUUGCCGGAGGUGGAGACCGCCGAUCGGAGGAUUCCGUUUAGGGAGAAGGUCAUCUACACCGUGAUAUCGCUAUUUAUAUUUCUGGUAUGCAGUCAGCUUCCCCUCUAUGGCAUCCACUCUACCACCGGAGCGGAUCCGUUCUACUGGAUGCGUGUAAUUCUCGCUUCGAAUCGAGGAACUGUCAUGGAGCUCGGAAUCACUCCGAUUGUGACCUCGGGGCUGGUCAUGCAGCUCCUGGCUGGAUCUAAGAUUAUCGAGGUUGACAAUAGCGUGAGAGAGGAUCGAGCUCUGCUAAAUGGUGCACAGAAAUUACUCGGCAUUCUAAUUGCAAUUGGAGAAGCAGUGGCUUAUGUCCUUUCAGGGAUGUAUGGCAGUGUCAGCCAACUUGGUGCUGGAAAUGCUAUUUUAAUAAUCCUUCAGCUUUGCUUUGCCGGCAUCAUUGUCAUUUGCUUAGAUGAACUUCUGCAGAAGGGAUAUGGUCUUGGAUCUGGUAUUUCUCUUUUCAUUGCUACCAACAUUUGUGAAAAUAUCAUUUGGAAGGCUUUCAGCCCUACCACCAUUAACACUGGGAGGGGUGCUGAAUUUGAAGGUGCUGUUAUUGCAUUGUUCCAUUUGCUUAUUACCCGCACAGACAAGGUCCGAGCAUUGCGAGAAGCUUUUUAUCGACAGAAUCUCCCAAAUGUGACCAACUUGCUUGCUACUGUUCUAGUUUUCCUCAUUGUUAUAUAUUUCCAAGGAUUUCGUGUGGUUCUGCCAGUGAGGUCAAAGAAUGCCCGGGGACAGCAAGGCUCUUAUCCUAUCAAACUAUUUUAUACAUCUAACAUGCCUAUUAUAUUACAGUCAGCACUUGUUUCAAACUUGUAUUUUAUUUCACAGUUGCUUUAUAGGAGAUACAGUGGAAAUUUCCUUGUAAAAUUGCUCGGCAUAUGGAAGGAAUCUGAAUAUACUGGUCAAUCUGUCCCUGUUGGUGGCAUUGCCUAUUACAUUACAGCGCCAUCAAGUUUGGCAGAUAUGGCUGCAAAUCCAUUCCAUGCUCUCUUUUACAUAGUUUUUAUGCUGUCGGCUUGUGCACUGUUCUCAAAGACUUGGAUUGAAGUUUCUGGAUCAUCAGCAAGAGAUGUGGCCAAGCAGCUUAAGGAACAACAAAUGGUGAUGCCAGGUCAUCGAGAAUCCAAUCUACAGAAGGAACUAAACCGUUACAUUCCAACUGCUGCUGCAUUUGGAGGUAUGUGCAUUGGAGCUUUGACAGUCCUUGCAGAUUUCAUGGGAGCAAUAGGCUCUGGAACCGGUAUUCUUCUUGCCGUAACUAUCAUAUAUCAAUAUUUUGAGACCUUUGAGAAAGAGAGAGCCACCGAACUUGGUUUCUUUGGUCUCUAAACUCUGCCAGCAGGUUUGAUAGCCUUAAAACGCUGAGCCUUUUCUUUAAUGUUUUUCCUUGCCGAACCAGUCAGGCAACAUAGGUAUAAAACCUUUUAAAAUGAGGCUUAGAAUUAUUACAGUUUUAUUUCAUGAUUGUAAGCAAUUAAUUGCCCUUAUUAGCACUGUUGAUUUGAGUAGCUUUACAUUUCUGCAAGUCAUUUCAAAUUGUAGGCACAAACUCAAGGUAUUUGAUGUUCCAACUUUUUGGCAUUUCCUGUAAUUGUGGAAUUACUGCUUCGUUUUGUAGACAUCACCAUCUUUUUACAUUAUGAUAGUUGAAUAUGCUUUUUGAUUGCA